AUGCUCAAAAAUGUGACCUACCAGCAUAUCGAAGAUUUCACAUGCGAUGACAUUGGUGUUUCGGCGUCUUCCGGAGCGAAAGCAACUGAUCUGGCAAGGAUUUUGAUGACAAAUUAUUCGAGAAAUGCUCUACCAGAACCUGCACCAGUCAAGGUCGAAGUGGAGAUAACGAUUCAGGAUAUUUCGGACAUUUCUGCGAUUACAGGGACUUUCACAAUUGAUUAUUGGAUAAGUGCGAUAUGGAAUGAUAAGAGACUAGCUUUCUCCCACCUCGACCCAUGCCGAAAAAACUUGUCCCUCGAUCACGAUAUGGAACCAAAACUGUGGUCCCCGAAUGUAUGUAUCGUCAACUCGAAAUCCACGAAAGUACACGAUUCCCCUAAACCCAACAUCCUCCUCAUGAUAUUUCCCAACGGGACCAUCUGGCUAAACUACCGUAUUCGAUCCGAGGCACCGUGUCAGAUGAAUUUGAGAAACUUCCCGUUGGAUAGUAUCAGAUGUUCCUUGGUUUUCGAGAGUUACUCCUAUAACGCUGCUGACGUGGAAUUGCAAUGGUUGGAAUGGUCACCGGUGUCUACAGUAAGAAGUGACUAUAAUCUACCGGACUUUCGAAUGACGAAUAUCACGUAUGGAAGUAUCACGGAGGCCUAUACCGCAGGAAUGUGGCACCGUCUCUCCGUGUCCAUCCACUUCGAACGUCUCUACGGUUUCUAUAUUCUUCAAAUGUAUCUUCCCACCUACAUAUCUGUAUUCAUAUCAUGGAUUGCUUUCUGGAUGGAUACGAAAGCACUUCCUGCUAGAAUCACACUUUCUGUCUCUUCAUUAAUGGCAUUAACGUUUCAGUUUGGUAACAUUGUCAAGUCACUGCCUAAGGCCUCCUACGUCAAAGCAAUCGAUAUCUGGAUGUUCAGUUGUGUCGGAUUCAUUUUCUUCUCUCUAAUUGAACUAGCCAUUGUGGCAUACAACGAUAAAAUGCAUGACCAACGACUUCGAGAAGCAAGAUGUUCAGUGGGGAACUUGAAUUCAAAUGGGGUGGGACAUCCUAAUCUGGAAUCUAGGAGAAGUUUCGUGGAAUUGAGUGCUCGAAGAGCAAAAGGAAGUGAACUCGGAGCAUCGAUAGAUCGAGUUGCCAGUAUGCUAUUUCCAACGAUGUUCGCUCUCUUCAAUCUGGUCUAUUGGUCCUACUACUUGACGACAAGUAUGAAUCCGGUUUAUACAUGA